AUGGAGAUGGAGGAGGAGAUGGAAGGCGAAGGGGAGGACGGAGGGGAGCCGGCAGAACCGGGGAGGAGCGCCUGCUUGCUGGCUCGGCCCAAAAGGAGACGGGUGAUCACUUCUGCCCAGCGCAGAGCCGCCAACAUUCGCGAAAGGCAGCGGAUGUUCAGCCUCAACGAAGCCUUCGACGCGCUGCGCAGGACGGUUCCCACCUUUGCCUAUGAGAAGCGCCUGUCGCGCAUUGAGACCCUGCGCCUGGCCAUAGUCUACAUCUCCUUCAUGACCGAGCUCCUGGGCAGCUGCCAGAAGCAAGAUAGCCGCUGA